AUGAGACUGUCAAAGGCGCUGUAUAAGACUAUCCCGCUACCGCGCUUUACUACAAGCCGGCUAUCACGCAGGGAUAACAUGGCGGAACAGGAACGUGCCACGUUCUACUACUCCAAUAUGUUCUGCGUGGCGAUCACCGCACUGCCCAUUGCUUACCUUCUAAAGGCAAAUUACUGGAGCUGCCCGGAACAGGAGAACCUUCACUAUGUACUCAAACACAACGAAAGUCACAUCACGGCACCGAAGAAACUGAGAUUCUAA